ACGGUCCAAUUGUUAACGGAGUUCUGUUUUCAGUACCUUCCAAGAUGCCACUGACUCUAUAUUUCAUCCCGCCCAGUCCACCAGCUCGCUCCGUGGACCUCGUGAUACACGCUUUAGGGCUGACUGCUGAGUAUAAGAACGUCGACUUGAGGGAAAAGGAACAGUUCACUCCCGAGUUCUUAAAGUUGAAUCCACUACAUACUGUCCCAGUCAUUGACGAUGAUGGUUUCAUUCUGUGGGAAAGUCGAGCCAUCAUGGCCUACCUAGUGUCCAAAUAUGCCGAAGAUGACUCUUUGUAUCCUAAAGACCUGCAGAAGAGAGCAAUUGUUGAUCAAAGGCUGCACUACAGCAAUGAUGUGUUCUAUCUUAUUAGGGAAAUAGCAAGAUCCUUAAUUUAUUUCAACGCGUCUGAAAUAACCGAGGAACAGAUGCAGAAAGUAAAAGACGCUCAAGACAAUAUCGAAAAACUACUGGUGGGUCAAAGUUUCAUGGCAGGAGACCAUCUUACAUUGGCUGACUAUAGCUACGUCACACUGGUCGAUGUUUUAGAGGUAUACAACCCUUCUGAAGAACAUGCUUUGACAAAAGCUUGGUUUGAACGUUGCGAGUCGUCCAUGAAAGACUUUGAAACCACAAACAAACUAGGAGCCGACCUGCUCAAGAGCUUCAUCAAAGAGAAGCUUGACCAGAUAAAAGAAUAA